UGUUGACUCCAGUGAAGCGGGCCUUGCAUGUCAAAAGGGUACUGCAGAAAGCUUCUCUCACUCCGGCUUACCUACUGCCAGCAGUCCACCAAAAGUAAGUCCCAUCACCCUGGGAAACUGCACAGGUCACUCUCUGAGAGGCCUUAUGGAACCAGUGAGCAACAGGUUUUCUACCGUCUCUGCUGUGCCCUUGGCCAAAACCAAUAAUUGGCCAAAGGAUGUGGGCAUCCUUGCCCUGGAAGUCUACUUUCCAGCCCAGUAUGUGGAUCAAACUGACCUGGAGAAGUACAACAAAGUAGAAGCAGGAAAAUACACAGUGGGCUUGGGCCAGACCCAAAUGGGCUUCUGCUCAGUCCAAGAAGAUAUCAACUCCUUGUGCUUGACAGUGGUGCAGCGGCUGAUGGAGCGCACACAGAUCCCAUGGGACGCUGUUGGCCGCCUGGAGGUGGGCACUGAGACCAUCAUUGACAAAUCCAAGUCUGUCAAAACAGUGCUCAUGGAGCUUUUCCAGGAUUCAGGAAACACAGACGUGGAGGGCAUAGAUACCAUCAAUGCCUGCUACGGUGGCACGGCCUCACUCUUUAAUGCUGCCAACUGGAUGGAGUCCAGUUCCUGGGAUGGUCGAUAUGCACUGGUGGUCUGUGGAGACAUCGCAGUCUAUGCAAGUGGCAGUGCUCGCCCCACGGGUGGAGCUGGAGCCGUGGCAAUGCUGGUGGGGCCCGAGGCCCCUCUGGCUCUUGAACAAGGACUUAGGGGAACCCACAUGGAAAACGUAUAUGACUUUUACAAACCAGACCUGGCCUCGGAGUAUCCAGUGGUCGAUGGGAAGCUCUCCAUCCAGUGCUACUUUCGCGCCUUGGAUCGAUGUUACUCGUUUUACCGCCAAAAAAUCCACAACCAAUGGAAGCAAGCUGGCAUCGAACGACCUUUCACCAUGGACGAUUUCCAGUUCAUGAUCUUUCACUCACCCUUCUGCAAAUUGGUCCAGAAAUCCUUGGGACGUUUGAUGUUCAAUGACUUCCUGUCAGCCAGUAGUGACACACGAACCAGCCGCUACAAGGGCCUGGAGGCCUUCAGUGGCCUGAAUCUGGAAGACACCUACACCAACCGGGAUGUGGACGCGGCAUUUCAAAAGGCUUCACUGGACAUGUUCAAUAAGAAGACCAAGGCCUCCCUUUACCUCUCCGCGCACAAUGGGAACAUGUACACCUCGUCCCUGUAUGGGUGUCUGGCCUCGCUUCUCUCCCAGCACUCGGCCCAAGACUUGGCCGGCUCCAGGAUUGGUGCCUUCUCCUACGGCUCUGGCAUGGCUGCAAGCUUAUUUUCCUUGCGAGCAUCCAAGGAUGCUUCCUCAGGAUCUCCACUGGAGAAGCUGGUGUCUAGCGUAUCAGACCUGCCAAACCGCCUAGCCUCCAGGAAGCGUGCGUCUGCGGAGGAGUUCACAGAAAUCAUGGAUCAGAGAGAGCACUUUCACCGAAAGGUGAAUUUCUCGCCCCCUGGUGACACAAACAGCCUUUUCCCAGGGACUUGGUACCUGGAGCAAGUGGAUGAGAUGUACCGCCGGAAGUACUCGCGGCGUCCCUUCUAAAGGAGAUCCAUGGAGCUGCAGAGCUUCUUCCUGUGAUCCUGUACAGAAAAGGUCCUCGCUCUUCACUGAUACAUGGGCUGCAUGUAGUUGCUCCCAUACACAGGGUCAUAGAAUGAAGAGCCAACCUUAUGCAGAUCAUCACGGCUUUCUUAGCUGCAGCCACUGUCCCCAGAUGUGCAGGGUGAGAUGGGGGGAUAGAGAGGAGAUCGGCUCAGCAAUGAGAAGCCCCCAGAAAUGUGAGGGACCAUUGGUUUCCUUCAAGACCCAGAUAACUUUUCCAUCAUUUGUUAUAGCUUGGCUAUUUUUAUUAUGAUUAAAUAUCUGUGCUGAUA